AUGGCGAAAUUCAGGGCCUGGCUGCACUUCCAGGAAAAAGAAAAGAAUGCAGCAGAGCAGCGAGAGGAGGAACAGGAGCGACAAGCUGAAUGGACCAUGCAGCGGAAACGGCAGCGAACAACAGCGCCAGCAGUCAGGCCACCUGAAAUCGCGGUUACAAAUCGCUUCGCCACGCUCGCGGAGGCAGACGCGUCCCGACCCACGGCAGGGCCCUCCAGCGCCCCCUCUCCACCCGCUCCAGCUCCGACCAAUCAGGGCGCAGCCGCCCCCUCCACCCGCACCCCGCGUGCCUCAGGACCGCGCAAACACGCGCUCAGGCUGGUCGUUCCAGACCAGUCUCUCUACAGCCAGCUGGUGGCUCGCGUGCGAUCUCUCGCCCCAGGGGCCGCGCAGAUUUCUCUCGUGCGCGAGGGCCUGCAGAUCGCGUGCGAACACUUGCAGGCAUACCAAUCUCUCAAAAAAUACCUUGAUUCAGUGCCAGUCCCGUACUACACUUUCUGUACAGCCUCUGAGUUGCCUCAGAAAGUUGUUGUCCGCAUGCCGCGCGCCACGCCAACGGAAUCAAUCCGAGAAGACUUGGAGGCACGGACCACCCACGCACUUAUCGCAGACGCCGGCGCAGACGCCGCGUCAGCACCGCUUAUCGCGCCCACCCAGGGCGCGCACAGACACGGCGAGACGACCGCCUCUCCCAGCACGCCGCGCGCCAACAAACCGAGAAAACACUCACUGAGGCUGAUUGUUCCAGACCAAAGUCUGUACAACCAGCUCGUGUCGCGCAUGAGAGUGCUGGCCCCCGGGGGCGCGCAGAUUUCGCUCGCGGCACUCAACCCCCCGCAAACACAAACACGAAACAUACAGCUUCCUAUUCCCAUGAAAAACCCGCCGAUCCAGCCCACCGCAACUCCAAAAUCACCCCCCUCCCCUCCAUCCCUCCCCACCCCCGGACCAUCUCCCUCAGGCGACUGCGCUGGCAUCCAAUCCUCACUUUCCGACCUCCGAGACCUCAUGAAUUUCCUCCGUGACGCCAACUUCGUGGCCUUUAUGGCCCACAUGAAACCAUACAUGCUCCUCGCCAACUCAGUCGCCGACUCAUCCAUGAAGACCCUCCUGCUCGUGCAGGCCCUGACGACUUUCAUGGGCUGCGAGUAA